AUGGAUGCUUGUGUCCAGCGCUGGACGGAGGACGAGGACAGGGCACCACAACAACCGCGCCCUGAGGGACCCCCAGCAGAGACUGAUAUGCUAGAGGAAUCUCUUCGUAGUCUCCAGAAAUUUGUUCCCACAGAAUAUGCAAGUUACACGCAGGAGCACUAUCUUUUUGCGGGCAAGAAGAUCAUCAUCCAAGAAUCCAUAGAGAGCUACGGAGCGGUGGUGUGGCCAGGGGCCACAGCCCUAUGCCAGUAUCUGGAGGGACACAACGAAGAAUUACGUCUCCAAGAUGCUAAAGUUCUCGAAAUCGGUGCUGGGCCAGGCCUUGUUUCCAUCGUGGCCAGUAUUCUAGGAGCUCAGGUCACAGCGACGGAUUUGCCUGAUGUUCUAGGAAACCUACAAUACAACCUUUUAAGGAACACCCUGAAACGCACAGCCCAUCUGCCGGAAGUCAAGGAACUGGUGUGGGGGGAGCAGCUGGAGCAGAACUUCCCCAGGUCAGCCUUUUACUACGACUACGUGCUGGCUUCUGACGUGGUCUACCACCACUACUUCCUGGACAAGCUCCUGGCCACCAUGAUGCACCUCUCCCAGCCAGGCACCGUGCUGCUUUGGGCAAACAAGUUCAGAUUCAGCACCGACUACGAAUUCUUGGAUAAAUUCAAGCAGGUUUUUGAUGUGGCUCUCCUGGCUGAAUAUCCAGAGUCAUCGGUCAAACUUUUUAAGGGUAUACUAAAAUGGGACUGAGACUCAAGACCCUUUCAAGUCAUCAGGGUGACUGUGAGCUGCUGGAAGCCGAGCUGGCAGCAAGUCUUCCUUGAAUACUGAGAAGGCAGUGCCCAGCAACAACACGUAUGGCUGGAACGAAA